GAAAAAAGGUGAAAAAAUAAAUGAAAAAUGAAAUAAAGAGACAGAACCGGUCCUAUAUAUGGAGGUUGAAGAAUCAGUAAAAACCCCAUACCUGGCAGAUACAUAUUGGCUUGAGAAAAGGUGACCUCUUCUCUUCUCUUUCGUAUUCGAUCUGUUUCCUCUCUUCUUUGAUUCUCUCCGCGCUCGCAUCUCCAUCUAUUUUUACUUCCUCAUAGAGCAAUCAGAUAACCCCAAACCCCACUCAACGAAUCUCCAUCUCUCUCCGCGCUCGCAUCUCCUUUUCCUCUGCACAUAUAAAUCCACAAUGAGUAUUAUAAUAAACAUCGAUUCCUCAAGUAUUGUCAGAGAAGAAGAGGAACUGGUAACAGUAAUCGAUCGGGUAUGGCGAGUACGAGCGGAGGAAGAGGCGGCGAGGAUGGGAGGCCGCCGCAGAUGAUGAUGAUUGAUGAUCGGAGGAUAACGCGAGCUGGGACGAUGAUGAUGAUUGAUCGUAACGAAGACGAGAAUAUCAUCGAUAGCGAGCUUGUGCCUUCUUCUCUCGCAGCGAUUGCUCCCAUUCUUCGUGUAGCUAAUGACAUUGAAGCAGAUAAUCCAAGAGUUGCUUACCUCUGUCGCUUCCAUGCCUUUGAGAGGGCUCAUACAAUGGAUCCAACAUCAAGUAGACGAGGAGUCCGUCAAUUUAAAACCUAUCUAUUGCACAAAUUACAAGAGGAGGAACCGACGAGUGAUUCCAAUGAAAUUCAGACGUACUAUCAGAAUUUCUAUGAGGAUAAUAUAGAAAACCGAGAAGGGAAAAAGACACCAUGAGUAUCUUCUCCUUCUCUUAAUGGUAGUUGCUUAGGAGGAAUUUUAAAGCUUGAUGGCUAAUGCUUUUUGUUUCAGUCUCGUGUUGUUGUCUACAUUGUUUCUUUUAAAGGUUAAUGCUUUUCGUUUCAGUCUUUGUUGUUGUUUUCCUCCCUGUUGGUGUAGUAAUAAAGCUUGAUGUUAUGUGUAUCUCGUGUUGUCUUGGUAUGUGAUGGUCUGAUGUAUCUUUAUUAUCUUUGUUUGUAUUGCAGGUGGAAGACACAGGACAGAAGAAGACAGUUGGGGUGGAAGACAUGGGACAGUAGACAGUAACCAUGUGAUAGAAAAAGACAAUAUGUUCCUUGUAAAAAGUUGUUGUGUUUUGUAUCUAGUGAAGUAACAACUUGUGUGAUAUGUUUCACGUUUAUUUUUGAAGUUUUACCGAACCAAAUACAACUUGUCUUUAUAAGACUUCUUUCUUCUCACAUUUUGAUUCAAACCAUUUGUUCCCGUAUCUCACAUGUUGCUUCUUUCUUUAAGACUUUGUUUUCUCACAUUUCUUCACAUUGUUUUCUCUACUUGUUAUUAUCUCUCCACUUGUUUCUUAUCUUUAUUGUUUCUUCACUUAUCUCUUUAAGAAACAAUUUGUUCUUCACAUUUCUUCACUUAUCUUUUUAAAAUGGCAUCUUCUUCUUCUAAUAAUUUCGACGAUAUUGGAAUACCCGAUUUCGACUAAUCGGUUUUUUUCUCGUUUACGAUUAGUAUUUGUAUUUCUUUUUUUAAUAUGUUUUUAUGUCAUUUUUAUAACAAAAUUAUGUUUCUUUUAAUUUUAAAUAAUUCUACUUCAAAAAAAAUUAAUUAAUUAAGAACCCCUAUGGGGUUCUCCCAUUGGAGGAGGAAAAAAAUAAUUCCUAGGAGACAAAUCAACUUUUUUACUCUUAAUUAAAUCAAAAGAACCUCUUGGGGGUUCUCAUUGAUGGAGAUGGUCUUAGUUGUGUUUGAAGACAUAACUUUCCAUUUCUCUCUCGUCAUAAACAAAACAGUUUCUUCUUUAAUUUCCCUCUUUGUUUCAGAGAACCAAAGUAGCCGAGAUUGAAGAAUUGUGGUUGCUGGAGUGCAUGUUUGCUGCAAGCGAAGAACCCGAUGUGAAAAGGUUAAUACAUACCACAAAUCCAAGAGAAUCAAAAUCCAUAAUUGAGGCUCAAGAUCUGGAUGAGGUAGAUUUUUUUUUGCGUAACACAACGUUUGAGAAGAUCAUAUCACAAGCCAAAAAUCCAUUAGUCUCAAGUAGUUUUGGGAAGUUCGUCAUUGUCUGUGUGCUUAGAGUCAGAGCCGGCUUGCAAUGAUUCUGAAUCAACCACACCCCCCGGUGGUCGUUAGAUACUGUGUAAACCCAGCACAUGUCAAAGUGCUAGAUGAGGAAUCAAAGGCUGAGGUGAUCUCCAUGAUUGAGGAUAGGUACACACUCCCCACAAGACCUGGCUCGUAUUAGAGAAUAUAAGAAACAAAAAGAGAAGGAGGCCAAAGAGAAGAAAGAGAGAGAGACAGCCAACCGAUGAAACCCGAUCUACCCAACAUAGAUAAAUGUUGAUGUGUUUGUCUACUUUAAUGUUUUUACCCCUUAAACUUGUAUCCCCAAGUGUUUUCCAUAGCUAAUUGAAUGCUCUCUCCAGAUAAUUUAAUGUAUUAUUGGUGUUCUCGAGACCCCAACAUAUAUCUUUAGUGUUAUGUCA